AUGAUCUUGUGGAGCUGGACAGGUAUUUACGUGGCACUGGUAUGGAUGGAGUCCGGCAAGUGGGGGGGGCUGAAAAUGCCAGAUGUCAUGAUUCUGAAUGCUUCACAACAGCCAUUCCUUUCCAAAGCUUUCACAAGAACUGUGGGGAAAUCCAGCGAAAGCGAGCGUCCGUUGAUGGGAGGAACCGGAGUGGGACGCCAAGGACCUCGGGAUGAAGCAGUAAAAGAGCAAAUGGCUGACCGACAACACACGGUGUCGGGCAUGAUGGAGAUGUCUCGUCUCCAGCUGAGUGAUAUUGUGCAAGGGAUCCUGGCUGAAUCAUAG